AUGCUGUCGCCUCCAAAACGCCGGAAGACUGGUGACCGGUCGAGUGUCGCUAUCAGCGCGUCACAGUCCCGGGAAGCGCUCGAAGAUAGGCGUUCUUCGCUCAGUCGGCCAUCCUUCCAAUCGCCUACAAAAUCCAGUCUCGCCAAAUCGCAUCCCGAUGUUCUCGAACGCGCACUUAGCAGAUCUCCUGUACGACGACCGGUGAGUCGGGGAGCUCAAGAUGGACCGGAAAAUGAGUCGGAUACAAGGGGUUUUCGUCGCAAAGCUAUGCGGCCGUCUUUGGGGCCUGGUAGCCCAUUGAAGGCGCCGCGAAUGUCUAUCGGCGGUACAACAAUCCUCUCCUCGCCCAGCCGACGCGCAAGUGCCAUUGAAGCCUUUGCCAAACCACCUCGCAGGAUGUCCACGAAAAGAAUAAAUCCGUCAGACUUCACCUUCGGAUCUCCAAUGCCUACCCGGCCUGCAGAUGCAGAUACCCCGGAAGGACAGCUCGCUCAAGAACUGGGCGGCAGUGCGACCAGGGAAGAAGACGAUGCACCGAUUCUCGAAACCGGCUUUGACGGCGCUUUCGAUGAAGACCCCCUCGAACCGGAACUCCCACCAACACCAACACAACUAGGGCUUGAGAAAGCACCAGAUCGACCCAGGGGACUACUGAGUAGUAGUCCUAGCAUGAGGCAUGAAAAGCGAAUGAAACGACGAGCAACAGACGUUGUCCACGGAAGUCCUCUCAAAUCAGCAAGGUUUCGAGACCCGAGCCCGGAAGAAAGCGAUAGCCUUGAUCAUGCGAUCCACAUCGAGGAAGGGAUGUCAGUCGCAGCCAUAGAGAAACAAAAGUCUCGCAGGAACCUCGCGGCAGAACUACAACGGCUCAAGAAAGAUGUAGCGGAUUUAACGAAGUGGACCGGCGAAAUCGAGUCUGGGACCGAUAAUCUGGCACAGGACGGAAGGGAACUGAACAGAUUCCUCGCCCUGCUUACGGAGGAAUCUUCAUACAUCAAUCGACCGAUGGCCCACAAAGCCCCAACGCCAAUCUCAUCACUUCUUUCAACGCUACUUCCAUUUUCCACGAAUAUACCCCGUCCUAACCGACAAGCUUCACCUCUACCAACAAACCCAUUUGCCUUGAAAGCGUCUUCGCAGUCGAAAUCAUAUCUUACGGUCUUUGCCCCGCUAGCACUCAACGCGCAGACAAGCCGCAACUCAGAAGCAAAUUCUCUACUCGAGACACAUACGCUGAGAUUCACGGCUCCAUCUCCAUUCCCGCGAGCUUUGUACAAUGUGUCGGUCGUGUAUGAAACGAAUCCUGAAAGUCAAACCAUUACAUCUGUCUCAGUGCCCACUGGCAACGAAAGCAAAAAACGACAAGUACCCGAGACACUCCGCCGAUGGAUCGACAGUCGCCUCGGCAAUCCUCUUUUAAACCUGGACGUGGCAACACUGUGCUGGGGCAUCAAUCGAUAUUGGGAAGCAUCUCUCGCACGUGCCCAGCUAUGGGCCCAUAUUGAGAAAAAGCACAGCUCAAUUCGCAAUGGGAAGGAUAAAGAUAAAAAUAAUAUCCCCGCCCUCCAAGGUGGAGUCAUCACACUUUCUGAAUUGCGACGAUUAGUCCCUCACCUUGAACGAAACACAAUGGUCAUUAAUCCAGGCUCAUCAAAUGCGAAGCCGCGAAUCCUUCUAUCGAACGUAUUGACUAUAGACGAUUGGACUGGUGAGCCACAGCUACGACCUGAAAUGAGCGUUUCAGUUUCUCACGCAAGUGGUGAAGCAAGCAAGAAGAUUGGUCUGGAGGCGAAGAAGUUGUUUCACGGUCUUUUGUCGGAGCAUGGUGCUGGCACCGCUCAAGGGUUGGUUGGGGUUAUGCGUGCAGAUGUUAUUCUGCGGGCAACUAAUGGUGCUCUGGGGGUCGUUUUGGGGUCAUGA